UUGCAGAAGGAUGGUGUACAAGCUCAUUGUCGCACUUGCAGUCGUUGCUCUAACUUCUUCACACGAAUUAACGAUGAACAGUGGGAGAUGCUCAUGCCUUCGAACUACAGAUAAGAUUGUGUUUGGUCCUAACCAGUUUAAGACGAUAGAAAUUCUCCCUGCAUCUGCCUCAUGUGAAAGUGUGGAAAUAAUAGUAAACUUGAAAAGUGGCAGACAAAUAUGCUUGGAUCCCAAUGCAAGCCAGAUAAGAAAUAUUUUCCAGCAGCUCAUCAAGAAGAAGGGAAGGAAAAACGAUAAGCCCAGAAUCUGAAUAUUUGUCAAGAAAAUUAUCUGAUUUGUGGAGCAGGA